CAGAGGGGGCCGGGCAGCGAGAUGGGGAAGAUGGCGGCGGCCCUGGGCUCCGUGGCUACGCUAGCGACAGAGCCUGGGGAGGACGCCUUUCGGAAGCUUUUCCGCUUCUACCGGCAGAGCCGCCCCGGGACCGCAGACCUGGGCGGGGUCAUCGACUUCUCGGCGGCCCAGGCGGCCCGCGGCUCGGGGCCCGUGGCCCACAAGGUGGUCAGAUCUCAGCUGAGUGUGUCCUCAGUCAGUGACCACGAUGCACACAGAGCAGGACUUCAGCCAGUCAGCAAUUGGCGAGCUUAUGGACUGGAAGGCUAUCCUGGUUUUAUUUUCAUCCCAAACCCCUUCCUCCCAGGUUACCAGUGGCACUGGGUGAAGCAGUGCCUUAAGUUAUAUUCCCAGAAACCUAAUGUAUGUAACCUGGACAAACACAUGACUAAAGAAGAUACCCAAGAUCUAUGGGAACAGAGCAAAGAGUUUCUAAGAUAUAAAGAAGUGAAUAAACGGAGACCCCGAAGCUUACUUGAGAAACUGCGAUGGGUGACCCUAGGCUACCAUUAUAACUGGGACAGUAAGAAAUACUCAGCAGAUCAUUAUACACCUUUCCCUUCUGACCUGGCUUUCCUCUCAGAGCAAGUAGCUGCUGCCUGUGGAUUUGAGGGUUUCCAAGCAGAAGCAGGUAUCCUGAAUUACUACCGAUUAGAUUCUACACUGGGAAUUCACGUGGACAAAUCUGAACUAGAUCACUCCAAACCCCUGCUGUCAUUCAGCUUUGGGCAGUCUGCCAUCUUCCUCCUGGGUGGCCUCAAAAGAGAUGAAGCCCCCACAGCCAUGUUUAUGCACAGCGGUGACAUCAUGGUAAUGUCAGGUUUCAGCCGCCUGUUGAACCAUGCAGUUCCAAAGGUCCUUCCAAGUUCACAGGGGGAAAGUCUGCCCUGCUGCCUAGAAACACCUCCCCCGGCUGUCCUCCCCAGGGACUCGGUGGUAGAGUGCUGCUCCAUGGAGGACUGGCAGGUGUGCUCCAGCUACUUGAAAACUGCUCGUGUUAACAUGACUGUCCGACAGGUACUGGCCACAGACCAGGACUUCCCUUUGGAACCCAUGGAAGAGAAUAAAAGAGGCAUCACCACCGAAGGUUUCUGCCAUCUGGACGACGAGAAGAGCCACGUAAAGCGAGCGAGGUUAAACCCUGACAGCUGAGACUUGGAGUGUAAAUGACCAUGCUGUUGUAUUGCAUUGACUUUAGCACCAAGACAAGCCAAAAACAGAGACAGGAAGAACUCACCUUGAUCACACUGUUGCCUUGGAACCCAUUGUGGCUAGUAAACUGACAUCACAUACAUGCCUGCCUAACCAGGACUGGACCAGACAGGUGUUCAGUCCUGCUCAAGCAGUAAUGUAUGUGAAGUCCAAGGAGGUGUGACAUUCCACAACAGCCUUCUCAGCCCCUGCCAUUACCUCUGAGCGAGGUAGAAGUGAGUUUCCAUGUCUGUGGAGUCUUUAAAUAUCUCACAUUUUAUUGAUGGGAAACAUAAUAGCCCUCCUACCACCCCAUCUAGUGAUUUUAUGAUAAAAUUGUGGUUCCAUGAAUCAACCAUCCAUCUCACUUCAUUCUUCCAAUUAACAUCAAAUCUUUUGAUCUUCCAUCUUUUCUGGCCUUCUUGCUGUUGGCUUUUAAAUGCAAUUUUAAUUGUUAGACUAAAAAAGUCCAAGGAUGUCCUGUAACUCUCUUCUCCGUGAUUAAACUUACUCAAUUUUAAAUUAAAGAUCUGUAUCUCUCUUUGAGGGUUAGU